AUGGUGGGUUGCUUCUGGUCAAAGAGAUCACCACCAGUAUAUAAUUCAAAUAGUGUUGUUGUCAAUGCUGAAUUGAAGAUCGGGAUGCAUUGUAAGAACUGCGCAAAACGUGUCAGAGAAGUAGUUUUCUACUUGAAUGGAGUUCGACAAUGUGAUGUGGAUCUGGAUACUCAAAAGGUUAUGGUCGCUGGUGAUUUUAAUUUAGAUGAGGUGGUGGAAACUGUUAAGAGAAAACUUGGUAAAAGAGUAGAAGUUUUGACAUCGACUAAGAAAUCUGAUGUAGUUUCAAAUGAAGAUGGUGAAUCUGAAAUAGUUCCAGAGAAAAAUGAAGAAGCUGAAAUAGUUCUGGUCCUGGCGAAGAAUGAAGAAUCUGAAAUAAUUCCAGAGAAGAAUGAAGAAGUUGAAAUAGUUCCAGAGAAAAAUGAAGAACCUGAAAUAGUUCUAGAGAAGAAUGAAGAAUCUAAUAUAGUCCCUCAAAAGGAAGCAAAUCCUAAUGGAUGCACUAUCCAGUAA